UCAGAAUAUGAUGUGGAGAACCCGGUAUUUACCUUCCAGCACCAUCAGCAGUCUUGAUCGCUCAACUCUGCGGGUGGUUCUUUAUUUGCUAUACGACAGGCUACGCUGACGGAGCUCAAUGACCGAUCGACUGGACCUGCAAAAUGAGCCUCAUUUAGCUCCGCUUGUUCCUGAUUCCUGAAACGGGGAACAUCAGACCCACCGGGCCAACUGCAGUUACUGAGGGCUCCCAUUCAGAAGAGGCAGCCUCCCAGCUUGGCUCGCAGGCUAUCGCAGCCGUCCGCAUUCAUCCGAGAGGAGCCCCAGGAGGGGAGGUGACAGGCGACUGACGGCAUGGCCUCCACAGGGCUACAGCUCUUGGCUUUUGCCCUGGCUUUGCUGGGGCUUUUGGGGGCGAUCGCGGCUACCCUGUCGCCCAGCUGGAAGGUCAGUGCGGAUGUGGGCUCAAAUAUCAUAACGGCCAUCACGCAGCUGCAGGGGCUCUGGAUGGACUGCACAUGGUACAGCACGGGGAUGUUCAGCUGCACGCUGAAAUACUCCAUCCUCGCCCUCCCCGCUCAUGUCCAGGCCGCGCGGACUGCCAUGGUGCUAGCCUGCAUCCUCGCAGCUUUCGGGAUUUGCGUCUCAACGGUGGGGAUGAAGUGCACGCGGUUAGGGGGGGAUGGGGUGACCAAAAGCUACACCUCUUUUGCUGGUGGAGUCUGCUUCAUCCUCGCCAGCAUCUUUGGCUUGAUCCCAACCUCGUGGUACACAAAGGAGAUCGUUUCCAAUUUUCUAGACCCAACAGUCCCCGGCAGCAGUAAGCACGAACCUGGGGGAGCUGUGUACGUUGGAUUUGUUUCCGCGGGGCUUCUGCUUUCCGCGGGUGUGAUUUUCUGCACUUCUUGUUUUGCAAAGCGGCAAGAGGAGUGGAUCUGCCCCCCCAGAAAGCAGCAGUUUCCCGCUCUGCAGCCAGAGAACGGUGCAGGAUAUAACCUGAAGGACUAUGUGUAAAUGCGAUUGUGUAUUCUUCCUGUAGUAUUUGGGGUGCCAAGGGUGAUUUUAUUUACUUUGAAAAAAGCAACUCAAAAACCACCCUUAGGUCUACUGACCUAAGAUUUUAAAAUAUCAGCAAACCUAUUGUCUAGGAUUAAGUCUGCCAUAAGAUUUGUUCAUGUAUGGCCAAUUGUUUACACACUGUCCUCAAUUCGUCUCAACUGAAAACCAAAAUACAGCCAAACGCGUCGAAUGUUACAAAUUAAUUGAUGGAUAAUCUUCGUUUUUGUGCCGUCAGAUGAAGCAUCAAUAUCAUCUUGUUUUUAUGGAUUUCUUUCAUCAGCAAUGUAUCAAUUGGUGUUUAAUAAUACUCUUUUUAUUACAGCAUUCAACUAAACCUCCAACCAUUUUGAAA